CACUCAACCUUGAAUGCACGUCAGAAUCACCUGAGGGAGGUUUUAUGAAAUAUCCAUGCUCCACCGAAGACAAUGAAAUCAGACUCCCUGCGAGCGGGGCCCGAACAUCAACAUUUUUGAAGAUGCCCCCUGUGGCUGUGCAUCGGUGAUCUUUAAUCCCUUGCUACUUGUUAGAGGACCUGAAUGACGCCUCGUGGGCUCAUUCUCAUAAAUGAGCUCCUGAAUGCAGUCCUCUCCUCCCGAGAGUUGUCGGUGUUGCAUCUUUUUGUUGUUUAUUUAUUUAUUUAUUAGCCAACGUUAGAAGACAUUCAACGGUGCUGCAUCUUAAUGGGGGGACAUCCAGCUAAAGCGAAUCUUGGAGACAUCCGCGGGUUCCUAGCGGCUCGCGGCAAGUUGGUUUCCCAGGGCAAGAGGCCGCCACUUAAGGUCAGCUCUGCCUUUCGAGCUGGGCAGUGGAGGCUCUAAGUCCGCUUUCAGCAGGACCGGAGGAAGGAGACUGGGUGGCCCCAAGGAAGGAGGGGAAAAGGCUGCUGAGAAGAGGAGGAGGGAAAGGGGAAGAGGCAGGGCGAAGGAGGAGCCUGAGGAGACGCGGUCGCGGGCGGGCUCGGCUCAACCGUGACAUCCGCGCCCCGGCUGCCUGGUCGCCAUGGCGGGCCUGGGCCAGGGACGAGGCUCCGCCGUCCCCGUAUGGCUAGCCGAGGACGACCUGGGCUGCAUCAUCUGCCAGGAGCUGCUAGAUUGGCCCGCCACGCUGCCCUGCGGCCACAGCUUCUGCCGCCGCUGCCUGGAGGGCCUGUGGGGCGCGCGCGGCGCGGGGCGCCGCUGGGCCUGCCCCACCUGCCGUGAGGGCGCCGCGCAGCAGCCUCGGCUGCGGAAGAACACGCUACUGCAGGACCUGGCAGACAAGUACCGCCGCGCCGCACGCGAGCUGGAGGCGAGCUCCGACUCUGCCCCUUGCCCGGGCCCCGGCUCCAGUCCCGACUUCAGCCUGACCCUCAGGCCCCGGCGCUGCCCGGCACUGCCGCGGCUGUUGAUUUCCGACACAGCUGCAGGGAAAAUCAGAGAUAUUCUCCGAGACCUAGAAGAAAUUCAGAAAAAAUUACGAGAAAACGUCACCCGGAAAGAGGCUUCUGAAGCACAAACGCAGGGAGAACUCCCAGAAGCCCCAUCUUCCUCCUCAUGCCCAUUGCCUGACCAGAGCCACCUUGCACCCAAGAGAGCUUCUCAGUUUGCUCAGUGGGCCAUCCAUCCAACCUUUAACUUGAAGAGCCUUUCCUGCAGCCUGGAGGUGUCCACGGAUUCCCGUACAGUGACUGUGUCUCACCGCCUACAGCCCUAUCGCUGGAGCUGUGAGAGGUUUUCUACCAGCCAGGUCUUGUGUUCCCAGGCCCUCUUUUCUGGAAAGCAUUACUGGGAAGUGGACACUAGGAAUUGCAGCCACUGGGCAGUUGGGGUGGCUUCCUGGGAGAUGAGCCGUGAUCAGGUCCUGGGAAGGACUAUGGACUCUUGUUGUGUGGAAUGGAAGGGGACUAACCAGCUCUCUGCAUGGCACAUGGUCAAGGAAACUGUCCUUGGCUCAGACAGACCUGGGGUGGUGGGCAUCUGGCUGAACCUUGAGGAGGGCAAGCUUGCCUUCUAUUCAGUGGACAAUCAGGAGAAGCUUCUGUAUGAGUGUGCCAUCUCUGCCUCCUCUCCUCUGCACCCUGCCUUCUGGCUGUAUGGCUUACAUCCUGGAAAUUACCUGAUAAUAAAGCAAGUAAAGGUAUAAGGUUUCCUCAGGGAUUACAACACAGUGGUUUCCUGGUCUCUCUCCCUGUCAUCAAUCAGGGUAGUAACUUAAGAAUACCACUUUUAGCCAAGGGAUAUUUAAUAAAGGUGCACUUCCUUUUAACAGCAAAAAAAAAAAGAAUACCACUUUUAAGAAAAAUUACAAUAGAGAUUGGAUCUCACUAGGUUGCCCAGGCUGGUGUCGAAUUCCUGGCUUUAAGCAGUCCUCCCACCUCAGCCUCCCAAGGUGCUGGAUUACAGAUGUGAGCCACAACAUCUGGCCAAGAAUACCACUUUUGAAGUUAAUCCUUUUGUGUGAUACAGGAUGAACUUGGGAUGUUUGAACCCUGGACAUUCCAAAUAAAGGACAGGCCCCUGCCUGGCUCCUGGGAGGUAACCUCUAAGCCAUUAGAAUAUCCUGCCUGAUAAGAGUGUUUUUGUUUACCUGUGGGCCUUGGGCCAUGCAGUAUUAGUUUGACCUCACAAGGUCAAGCUGAGGAGACUAAGUCAGCCAUGUGGGCAGUGAAGCAAGCCUAUGUGACCAAUCCCCAGUAAAAGCCCUAGACACCAAGGCAUGGGUGAGCUACCCUGGUUGGUAAUACUUUGUGCACACAUCAUUGUGGCCACACAUCAUUGCUGGGAGAAUUAAGCAUUAUCCUGAAGACUCUGCCAGCAGAGGAUAAUUGGAAGUUCUCUUGGACCUUGCCUCCUGUGCCUUUGUUCAUUGCUGAUUUUAAUCUGUAGCCUUUCACUGUAAUAAACUGUAACCAUGAGUACAA